AAUAUACAUUUUUUUUCCAGAACGGAAAUAUAUACCGUAUUUUGGACAUUCGUGUUGAAAUAAACAAAUUAUCCGGAAAAAAACAAAUCAUUCUAAGAUCGGAAUCAACCAUUGAUCACAAUGACGAAGUGGAGACAGCAGGAACACCGGAUGAGUUUAUUAAAAUAAGGCAAAUCAUUGAUAAGGAACUAGAUGUCUCUGUAGACAUCAUUGGAAAAUUCACAAGCUCCCCUAAAACUACAAAACUAAAAAUUAAGGAUGGGACGGAGAAACGCAAAGUUUUUGGCGAGUUCACAGACGAAGAAUCAACUAUAAACAUCAAUGCCUGGGGCGAGAACAUUCCAAACGAAGAUCUUUCUGCCAAAAAAAUCAAGUUCUUCAACUUGGUAUUAAAAGAAUACAAAGGUACGAAACAUCUCGAAUAUAAUUCAAGAUCUUUCUAUGAAUUUGUAAACGAAUAAUUCACCUGCAAUAAAAUCCUUAUAUGUAUUAAAAUCUGUAUUACUUCUGUACCAUAUUUUACCGAAACACAUGAGUCGUACUUGCAAAAUUUUUGAUUAAAAAAAAUUAAAGAAAGAAAAAGUAGAAAAAAACAUUAAAUCUUAUAUGAGGAAACCUAUGGUUACAUUCCAUAGUUCUCGUGCAGUCUCGUGCAUAGUUUUCGCCCAUCCCAAGCAACAGAUGUUUAUGAGUUUUAUGCGCACAUUUACGUAGUCUUAAUUGAGUCAGAAAUUCGCGUGUAUGCCACGAUAUUGAUGUGAAUAACUCGCAAUUAAUUAUAAUGAUCUUAGAAAUUCGCUAGGAACGCGACGUAUUUGCCGUGAUAUCGUGUAAUUUCUAAUUUGUUUUACAAAAUCCCUGGAAA